AUGGAGAAAAAAAGGAAGAUAGUGCAGUAUAGGGAGAGGCUGGAUAGGACUCUUGCUUUACCUGAUCUUACAAAUGUUGAGAUGCUCAAAAAUCUUGUUAAAAGUCAACUCAUACCUUUAUCAGAACAAGAAGAUGAAGGAUAUAAAGAGAAAUUAAUAGAACAUAAGACUGCAGGGAUAUCUAACUUUCUUGAUAUGUUGAGGAGUGCUUCAGCGGAUCAUGGAAGGUCCAAUACUUCACAUAAUGAUUGGAAAUUAAAACAGGAUAGUGACGAGUUUCGUGUUAUGUAUCGUCAAGGACUGGAGGGAACUCCCUUUCAUACGAUGCUGGUGGAAGGCUUUGUGGAUGGACCUGUUGAUGUUUGUUUAUGUAUCUCAUGGCAAACCACUCUUUAUAAAAAAUGGUGGCCUCAGUCUACUAUUCCUACUUUCAAAAUCUUAUCAUGUGAAUGUUUAGAGCAGGCCCAGAUUGGGGAACAGAUAUCACUAGUGAGGAUGAAGGUUUCGUGGCCUCUGUCUAUGAGGGAAGCUGUAGUACACUAUUAUCUGUUUGAGUACUUUCAAGAGGACUUGGUUGUUGUUCUUACGAAUUCGGUUCCUGAUUCGAGUGUCGCGGGGACCCUUUAUGGUUUCAAUGAGGAAGCAAUUCCUGAAGCAAAGGACGUCGUGAGAGUUGAUUUAGUGGGAGGGUUUGCUUUGCAAAAGUGUACAUCCGAAAGAAGCUACUUUCGGACAAUAGCAAAUAUGGAUGUAAAGGUUGAUUUUGUUCCUCCGUCUUUGAUAAACUUUAUUUCAAGGCAGCUCAUUGGCAAUGGUUUCAGGCUUUAUCAAAAGGUUGUGGCAUCUGUGAUGAGCCAAGAUAAAGAAGAAUUCAGCAAGGCCUUGGGGGAUCCAUUGUAUGCUAGAAUCCGCGAGGCUCUAUAUAGCGCGAGUAGCGGGGAGCUUCCGCAAGUUGCAAGAAUUCACCCUGCUGAAGAUCUUGUUGAAAGUAAGAAGGGUGAAGUAAAAGAUGCAAAUAAUGUCGUGUCAUCAGCAACGAAUGCAACAGUACUACAGAAUAGCAAAACAAUUGGUGAGAUUGUAGAAUUAGGUAAGGAAGAGAUUGUGCAAAGUGCCGAGAACGAUGUGAAAGUAAAUGACAUUCCAAAUGACAGAGUUAGUGGAGUUGUACAAAAAGGCAAGAGGAGUGUGUAUAUCCGCUCAGAGGUGGAACAGGCUCUAGAAACAUUAGACAAGGCCAUUUCAAUGGUUAGGGAAUACCGAUUACGUUCCCCGAUUGCCACUUCUAGCUUUGCCAAUGAAGAGUCUCCUUGCAUGAAAAAAUAUGGUAGAGUUGAUUCAUUUUCCAUAAAAACUGUUAAACCUUGUGAUAACAAUGAGGUUAGUGUUGGUUCAUAUUCUUUGGAAAAUGGAGCAAUUCUGGACCAAGCAACACGCCGCAACAAGCAACUAAAUGCUGAUUUGGUUCAAGACAUCUCUUCAGAUGACAAAGCCAAGUCCAGAAGGAAGAAAAAAAGUAACGCCGUUGUAAAUCAAGGUAUGUCUUCAAAUAAACCAAAGAAGUUGAGCAGGCAUAGAAGAUAUUUGUGCUGUAGUUUUCCGCAUUAA